UUUCAAAUUUGUGUGUUUUUUGUUUGUUUUAUGCCCUUUUUGUCAAAGAAAACUUGUUUUAUAUGGCAAACAAGUGGAAUAUUUUAUAUUAAAAAGUGCAGUUCCCCUUUAAGACAUGUAGUCUUGGGGUUCAGAAGUGAAUACACCCUGACUCUACCUGCAGUGGCCCCCAGGUAAAGUGAGUUCGAGACCACCGCCUUACGUCUUUUCGCUCUUUUUCUUUACAUUUUCACCGUUGCUUAACGAGGCACAGUAAAGGCAGAAUGAUAGUAGUUGCCAACCAUCCAUGGUGCGGCUGCUCAUCGCUCCACGCUGCACUGACCGGCUGCGACCAGUCACAUGGUCCUGUCUGAGACCCUCCUCCCCCCGGACGAGGUGCCCGUAUAAAAGGCGUGGCUCGCCCCUCCCGGACACACUGAGACUGACAAACAGCCAGCUUGGACAGCCCCGACACGCCUGUGCUGCCCUUCAUGGAUGCUCCAGCAGAAUCCUGCGUGGAAUUGACGAGCACUGAUCCUCUCCUGGCUCCACUCAAGUUUGGGUUCCGGGGACCUGAAAAGGUUAAAAAUAGGUGAGUGUUGGACCGUUGCUAUGGCGAACAGAGGACCCAGUUACGGACUGAGCCGGGAGGUGCAGGAGAAGAUCGAGCAGAAGUACGACCCGGACCUGGAGCAGAGGCUGGUGGAUUGGAUCGUGGCCCAGUGUGGAGGCGGCGUGGAGAAGCCUGCGACGGGCAGGCAGGGCUUCCAGCAAUGGCUGAUGGACGGAAUAAUCCUGUGCCGACUCAUCAACAGCCUCCAUCCGAAGGGCAAGGAGCCCAUCAAGAAGAUUCCGGAAUCCCAAAUGGCCUUCAAGCAAAUGGAGAAGAUCUCGCUGUUCCUGCAGGCGGCAGAGGCCUACGGCGUCACCACCACUGACAUAUUCCAGACGGUCGACCUCUGGGAAGGUAAACCCUCAGACGCUCCACGCCGUCUUUGUGUUGGGCUUCCUGUCAACCGGCGUUGUCACGCAGGGAAGGACAUGGCCGCCGUGCAGAGGACCCUCAUGGCCCUGGGGAGCGUGGCCGUCACCAAGGACGACGGGCAGUACAAAGGAGACCCGGACUGGUUCCACAGGAAAGCCCAGGGCUACCGGAGAGAGUUCACGGAGGAGCAGCUGCGCCAAGGCCAGAGUCUGAUCAGCCUGCAGAUGGGAAGCAACCGCGGCGCCUCCCAGUCGGGUAUGACGGGCUACGGUAUGCACCGUCAGAUCAUGUAGACCAGCACCUUCCUGCUCUAGCUUGCUUGUUUCUACUAACCUGCUGCCUGUGUAGCUCGGAGCCUCUCUCCCGUUUGCAGAACUCACUUACCUCAAACUGUCUCCGUACCUUUUUAUUAUUUCAUGUCCGAGUAAAACCUGAUGAUCCUCAGGCCAUGUGUGUUCCUCAUGUGCCGUCAAAGCAUGCCAUGUAUUCUUCCUCACCUUUAGCGAUCACAAUGGCUGACGGGGUGUGUCGCAGUAUUCCUCUUCACCUUGUGCCUGCUUCAUGGCUUCUAGACCAGGACCGGGUCCCGGUGGACCGGCCUGCAAACGUAUUAGAUUUCUGUUGAUGCUAUAAUUAGUUGUUUUUUUUUUAAAUAAAAUGGCGUGGAGGUGUUUUAUGAGCUAGCGA